AUGGAUGACUUCGAGUACUAUUUCCUCCAAAAUGAGGAGGAGUCGGAGCAGGUGAAGGGAGCCAAACUGGAGCUCCACAAACUUCUGAAGCGAAACAGAGAAAGGCACAGUAAGAUAAACAAGCCGAUGAAGGCGGCGUCCAAUGUGAUAUCACUCCUUGGCGAGAAGGAGGAUGCAUCGAAGGAGGAUGCAUCAAAGGAGGAUGCGUCGAAGGGAGGGAUGGAAGCAUCAUCUGCCCCGUGGAGUGAUGGGGAGAAGGCCCCCAGGACAGACAUGCACCCUUCGGCGAGAAGCAGAGAGCAUUACUCCAAAAGGAGGAGGAGUCAUAAAGCAGACACGAGACUCAAAACAGGGGAAGAGGAAGAAGUCCCCAGGGAAGACCACCCAGUAGGUGAUAACUCAAAAGAAGACCAUCCCCACAGUGAAGUAAAUGCGGAAAGACGAAUUAAACCUGAUGAUAGAUUAGGGGAAGCGACACUCGAGGGAGAGAGAAAAGGUAAAAGAAGACUUAAUGAGGAUAAUAUUUCUUAUCAUGGGAAAAAGCCGAAAAGGGGGGCAGCAAUGACAAGGGCAAUACCCACCGGGUUGAGCAGCAAAGGAGGGGAAAGCUACACUGUAGGUAACGAUGAUGAUAAAGGGGACACAGCAAUGAAGUGGAGCGCGACGGGAGGGAGUCCCAAAAGACGAAGCAACAGUUGCAGCGGCAUCUCUGAGGGGAGUGACCAAUCAGAUUCGCUGUCCUCGGGGAGGUCCUCCUCGACGGAUUACCUCUCCCAUGAUAGGGGGGAAAAAAGGGGGAAGGUAAAAAUGGAGAGGCACCCCCGCGGGGGGAAGGGCGAAGGGUCAGCCAGGUUGGCCAGGUCGGCCAAAUCGGCCAUGUCAGCCAAGUCAGCCAAGUCGGCCAUGUCAGCCAAGUCGGCCAAGUCAGCACCGAGAAUGGCGGAUACCGCUACCGCUGCGACCACCGCCUCUUCCCUGAGGGAAGAAAGAACGUCGGGCAGUAGCAGACAGGGCCGCGUACCAGAGGAGCCAAAGCGGGAAAGGAAAAAGUACAGCGGACUCAUGCUCCUGCAUAAGUUUAAAAUAAACUACCAAAACCUCACCGAGUUGGAGAAAAAAUACUACCUCUACAUGAUGAAGAAGCUGCACGUGCGUUACGAUCACGAGAGGCAUAUCUUCUACACAGAUGAUGCAUUUACCAAAUGUUUCACAGAAAAGGUACGACAAGAAAAGGGAAACUUCAACUAUUUAGGUUAUCUAGAAUAUGCUUGCUACUACAUCCUUGAAUGGUUAACCCCAACGAGGGAAGAAAAACUGUUAAAACAAAAAUCGCUAGUCAAGCUGGAAGUCGCAGUGAAGUCACUCUUUCCAAAGGCUACGAUGCAACCGUUUGGAUCGUUCGUCACAGGAUUGUCAAUCCCGGGAAGUGAUCUCGACGUAUGUUUUCUGGACAUCCCCUUGGAAGACCUCGAUGCAUUGCUAAUGAUUUCGUAUACCUUAGUCAAACUAGAAAUAGUUGCAGACAUACGAAUAAUAAAAGAUGCAAGAGUGAAGAUUCUAAAAUACACAGAUAAAGAAACAGGGGUUCAGGUAGAUGUAUGUACAAAUCAGGUUUCAUCAAAACAGACAACAGAUUUUAUCAAAAGUAAGGUUGAAAAAUAUCUGUAUUUGAGACCACUAGUCAUUCUGUUGAAGUUUUUUUUAAAUACAAGAAAUUUGAACGAAACGUAUAUAGGUGGCAUUGGUUCUUUCCUUCUGUGUUGCAUGGUGACACAUUUUUUACAGCUCCAUCCAUCUACCUUUGAUUGGAAUGUCUUUAGUAAUAGCUAUCUGGUGAAGUUACUUUUGGAAUUCUUUAGCUUCUACAGUAUUGACUAUAAUGUAGAUUUUAACUGCUCCGUUUUGAGAGGUUUAGGACAUGUCAUGCCGAGAUAUAUGAGGAGAGAGUUCGAAGGGAGUAAUCGACUCUGUUUUGAAAAUCCUGUUGAUACAUCUGUGGAUAUUGGGAAAAACGCUUACAAAAUUAGUCACCAGUUUUGUGCGUUGGCGAGUUUGGUUGGGGGGUUGCGUGGCCAAGCAGGGGAGGCUCUUCUCGAUGUGCACAGUUCCUGCGGAGGGGGCGACGGCAAGGCGGCGUGCGAAGCGGGAGAGAAGCAGGGAGACGAAGCGGUAGAUCGACGGGGCCGCUACGCGGAAGACGAAGCGGGAGAGGAGCAGGGAAACGAAGCGGUAGAUCGACUGGGCCGCUACGCCGAGGGAGACAAGCUAAACGCAGCCGGCUCCAUGUUCCCCCUCUUCUUCGCGAACUUCUUUAACCCGGACAGCAUUGUCUUCACGAAGCGACUCAAGGCGGACUUCCCCAACCCGCAGUGGAAUAUCAGCCACUUCGACUUUUCCGUCACCACGGAGGAGAAACACAAGCUGCUGGAAAUGCUGCGGGACGACUGGGCCGUGUACUUCGACCAGGGCAUCCCCCCCGACUCCGCGGCCCUCUUCGCCGCCUUCGACAGGGCCUUCCCCUUCUCCCUGGACCUCUACAACAACGCGUUUAGGUAUGCCUAG